UUUCCUCUCUCGUUUAUUCUCUUCUUUCUUCCUCGUUACUGACCAACUUUCAGACAUCUCUUCGCUCCCACACUGCACUUCCCGAUGGAUUGGCAAGGACAAAAGUUAGUGGAACAGAUAAUGCAGAUAAUGCUGUUGGUGUUUGCGGUGAUUGCAUUUGUUGCAGGUUAUGUAUUGGGAUCGUUUCGGAUGAUGAUGAUCGUUUAUGCUGGUGGUGUUGCUCUCACGGCAUUGAUUACGGUUCCAAAUUGGCCUUUGUUCAACCGCCACCCACUCAAUUGGUUGGAUCCAAGUGAAGCUGAGAAGCAUCCCAAGCCACAGGUGGCUGUGAGUUCGAAAAAAGAAAGGCACCAAAAAGUAAGGUCAUUUAAUUUGAUCUUAGCACCAUUAGGGUUUUCUAGGAGACUGAAUGGGUGUUUUCUUCAUUUAUGUGCUUUGAGUGAUACAAUUGUCUACUUGAUUUCCCCAAAUUUUUUGAACUAUGAAACAAUUAAUGGAAGAGUAUUCUUUUUAUGCACUGCUUUCUCCUCCUUGACAAUACUAAUAUAUUUCAUUCUUGUUUUUCUGAUAUGGUAUAAUGGAAAUGAAGACAGGAAUUUCUUUUUAUUCUUGGUUUUGGAUUUAGUUUUCAUUGAUUUUGUGUAGUGUUGGGUUGUGCUUUGUUAACUUUGGCAGUGGCCU